CCUAAAUUCAGCGCGGCGACUGUGACUUCGAAGUCGUGUAUGUGAAAAGGAGACAGUGAAAAGGAGACAGUGAAAGGUGAAAAGAAGACAGGUACUGACCUUCUCAGACCCGUGUUCCCUUCUCGCUCUCUUAAAAUCCUCGAUAAAAGCAGCUCCGUAGCCUCUUUGGCAACCGCAAAAGCAACCGCGAUGUCUACAUCGACCUCAAUCACAACGCCCCCCCAAGAGGGACCCUUCUUCUCCCACCUGAACUACGACGUGCGCAUCACCACCUACGAGCACAUCGACGACCUCCCGCCAUUCGCCCGACAAACCGAGUUCGCCGGCUUCUUCCUCUCCUGCCGGCAGGCAAAGCAGGAACUAGAGGAAGCCGCAACCUUGCGUCUCACGAAGUACUUGAACCAAUUCAAAGCCGAGUUCGAGCAAAAGACCGGAUUCACAGUCGGCAUCCCUACAAUCUCUACAUUCUACGACCUCCGCGUUCUCAAGAUCAAUCUCCCCUUCGCUGCCAUCCAGGACAAAAACUGCUCGUCGUUCUCUCCAGGCGUCCUCGGUGCUCUCCUUCCACUCUCCACCAAGUUCUUCGACAAACUGUACAUGCAGUUUGUCUACGAUCCUGAGCCGAUCCCACACCGUCGAGCGCGCAUAUCUUAG